CCCUAUUAUUCUGGCCUCUACUUCUUCACUUCACUCUUGACGGCAUAACGGCGACUCUUUAUCCCUUCUCAGUAUUAUUCUCUUCCUUAUGAAAAAAAGAACAAAAACAAUUACUAUGUUCCAUGUGGCUUUGGGGAGAUCUAAGAGAACUUCUGUAGAAGCAUGCGAGUAUCUGUUUCACUUGUAUCAUUGAGAGGGGAUUUGAUUAAAAAGAUCUUUUACUAACAGCUUUGGUCUUACUUGGCCCUGGCUAAGAGUAUUGUUCCUAUCCACUACUUCUGUUUGAUACGAAGAGAACCUCUUCAGAUGAAGUCCACAAGCAAUGUUCUGUUGGACUUGGAGACAGAAAGCAAAAGCUCUUUCUCGUCCUUUGAAUCAAAACUUAUGUUCUGCAACGGAGGGAGUGAUAUGCAGUCACAAAUUUCCAAACUUAAUCCGACUGGCAAAAAGCCUGAGAUCUCUUCAACUUCCUAGAGCCAAGUUCUAGACAAGGCCAAGAAUUUCCUUGGAGUGUUAUCAGAAGCAAACAAAAAACUGGAGGUUGAUGCAAAGGAAAAUCCUAAGAAGUAUGAUAUAGAAGAACUCACCCAGGAGGAUUCUGAAUACAUAGAAAUGAAUUUAAUGUUAGAUGUUGCAGAGCUUUAUUCCUCUGAGGCUGUUGCUGCUGCCGAGUCUGCAAUAGCUUGCCAGCAACCAGUGAUUCCAUUAGCUUCAAGCAGUAGUGCAACCAGUGAUUUUGAUGACAGUAGCGAUGAAUAUGAUCAUUGACCUCUCACAGCACUAUUGGUCCUUCGGGUGUUGGAAAAACAGUGUUUUUUUAAUUAAAUAGUUAUGGGCAUGUAGUUACUGCUUUGAGCGUGGCCGCUGAUGUGAUGCAAAACUAAACAGUAACUAGGGAAGUAGUGAUGCUGGGGUUUAAACAAAUGGAGACAGUUGACAGAAAUGGAGAAAAAAUGGACAAUAAAGCUCCAAGCAAAAGUGACAUAAAACAACAAAUGUUUAGUCUGGUGAUAUUAUUUUAUCUUUGUACCAGUACCAAAGUCAAUAUCCUCUGUCAUUCUUUCCAUCUUCAGAUAACCCUAUACCAUAAUAUUAAAAUAGCAUUAGUAAUAAUGAAAAUGGAUAAUUUUGUAAAAUGUGUUGUUGAUUGAGUCAAAUGGGAAACAUGUUGAAAUAUUUUUAGCUUUCAAUCAAGUCCAAGAAGUUUCCUUUAGCUUAUGGUGUUCAAUAAAAUAUAAGAAAAUCAUCAAAUGUUUGAAAGAGUCUCGUUUAUCAAUGACAACUUUAAGAACAUGCAACACAUUAAUAUGGGUUUUAGUAUUUGAUAUGGUCAACACAGGAACCAGAUGAAGGGAACAAACAGAAGCCAAAGGCAGAGUUUCCAACAACAGUUAAUCAUUGAUUACUCAGCUGGACAUAGAAAGCAUCGUCACAAGUUUGGUUUUUCCUUCAAAAGUGUCACCAAAAAGCUAAGUGAUGUUUUCUCUACACUUGUCUUUUGGCAGAACAAAGCCAAUUCUGAGACGAACAAAAGUCAAAGUCCAGAGAGGGAGGUCUCGUCAUCAAAAGGUAGUAACUCUUCCGGAAGCAAGAGGGGAAUUUUAUUGAAACCCCAACGCUCUAAUUCCCAUAGAACUUCAAUGGCUACCAGGGAGCAGCUAGGUACAUCCGAGUUCUCGUUUGAUGAAAUUUGCCAGGCUACUGGAUAUUUUUCUGCUGUACACAAGAUUGGUGAAGGUGGGUUUGGGACAGUGUACAAGGGAAAGCUUAAGAAUGGAUUCCCUGUUGCUAUUAAGCGCGCUAAGAAGGAUUUGCGAGUGUUGGCAGAAUUCAAGAAUGAAGUCCAGGCAUUGUCGAAGAUUGAACAUCUAAAUCUUGUUAGAUUUUAUGGAUUUCUGGAGCUCAGAGAUGAGAGGAUUAUUAUUACUGAAUAUGUCAGCAAUGGAACACUUCGAGAACACUUGGAUGGUAAGAAUGGAAAUGAGUUUGAAGUUGCCGAGCGUUUGAGCAUUGCGAUUGAUGUAGCUCAUGCUAUUACCUAUCUACACUCGUACACAGGUAGCACGUCAUGUUUGGUGACAGCAAGGGAUCCUCCAAUCAUCCAUAGAGAUAUAAAAGCAUCUAAUAUACUCAUUACAGAAAAUUUCCAUGCUAAAGUAGCAGACUUCGGAUUUGCACGAUUAGUUGCUGAAGAUCCCUGUGCUACACAUAUUUCUACACAAAUAAAAGGGACUGCUGGCUAUUUAGAUCCUGAGUACUUGAGGACAUACCAGCUUACUGAAAAGAGUGAUGUCUACUCCUUCGGUGUUUUGCUUGUGGAGAUGAUGACAGGAAGACAUCCCAUUGAAACAAAUCGAACCAUUGAUGAGAGAGUGACAAUAAAAUGGGCGAUGAGAAUACUAAAACAUGGGGAUUCUGUAAUAGCAAUGGAUCCAAGAUUGCGAAGAAGCCCAGGAUCAAUUGAGGCUGUUGAAAAAGUACUCAAAUUAGCUAGACAAUGCCUUGCACCUUCCAGAUUGGCGAGACCACCAAUGAAAAAAUGUGCAGAGGUACUAUGGGGAAUUCGAACACAGUUGGUAGAGAAAAGUAUCCCAAAAACUUCAACCUCUAGCCACUCUACAAACUUUCUGGGCAGAAACGCAAAAAGGGAUUGGGAGGAUUUAUACACAGUUAACUAUAGCAAGAACUAUAAAUUUACUUCCACUUGACAGACUUUUACGCAAAGUGCAUGUAUAACGGUGCAUAAGGUAUGAUUUAUCGUCAAAUUAGGCUACUGGUUCACUGCAGGCAUACUAGAUGACCUGUAUUCUUUUUCAUUUGAGUUUAACAUGUGUGCACCCAAAAGAUGUGUAUUCACCUCCAUUAAAUAGGAGGCAGCAGUCGAAGGGUGAAUCAAGGCAAUCUCAUGACUUGGCUCAUCGGAUUGUGUUUGA